GUCAUAUAUUGUUCGAAAAUGCACAAGUGUAUCCUGCUGUUCUGUAGCGUCGUUCUGAUCCAGCAUGCGACCGCUUACCCCCGCGCCUGUUGUUGCCCCUCCGCCCCGCUAGUUCUGCCAGCCCCCGCGACCUGCACGCCUCCUCCCCCCUGCGCCGCGCUGGCGGCCCUAGCUCCCGUUCUGCCCGCCUUGGCUCCCACCCUGGCUAACACCAUCUCCGCUUCGAUCGUAGCGAGCUUACCGCCGCUGCUCGAGGCGGCGCUGCCCACGGUCCUGACGUCGGUGCUGACGGCGGCCGGGCCGCUGCUGGAGGCGGCCGUGCCGUGCUCCGUGCCGCUGUGCUGUGCGUCCCCGUGCUCUUGUGCGUCCCCGUGCUCGUACGCGAGUGCCCCGCUGCUGCUGUCGCCCCCGCCCAUGUACGCAGCCCCGUGCGCCUCCCCAAUGCUCUAUGCUUCGCCAUAUUGUUAUUAAAUAAAAGUAUAUUUUUGUACUGUA